AUGCCUCCUUUUCUGUCACAACGCUACGACCAGUUACGUCGACAGUAUGGAGCUCUUUCCAGCACUUGUGUAGUUGAUUCGCCAAUCACAAACGCAAAAUUUCUAUCCAGAAACAAGGAUUUAGCACUUGUAGCUGCCGGUUUCUCCGGUGGUCAAGGCAAGUCCGGGGUCGACGCAGGCCCUACGGCUCUUAUCGAGGCCGGUCUUGCAAUACAACUCCGCGAUCACCUUCGAUAUAAUGUCCACUAUGACGAUAAAAUCCAUUACUGCAACGACAUUGUGCCGGACUCUGACCCGGAUCAUCGCGGUAUGAAGAAUCCUCAGGCCACCUCUGUCGUAACUCAGAAACUCUCCUCGCACAUCUUUUCCCAUGCUAAGGAGGGGCGCUUCGUCGUGACACUAGGUGGCGACCACUCCAUAGCUAUCGGUACAAUUUCGGGCACCGCCAAAGCCACAAGGGAGCGUCUCAAUCGCGACAUGGCUGUCAUUUGGGUCGACGCCCAUGCUGAUAUCAACACACCUGAGACGAGCGAUAGCGGCAACAUCCACGGUAUGCCAUUAGCUUUCCUAACAGGGUUGGCCUCCGAAAAGGGAGGCAAACCUUUCGGCUGGCUUAACUCGGAGGAACUACGCAUCUCGACUACUAAGCUUGUGUAUAUUGGCUUGCGUGAUGUUGACCACGGCGAAAAGCGCCUCCUGCGCGAGAACGGCAUCGCGGCUUUCUCAAUGCACGAUGUCGACCAAUAUGGUAUCGGCAAAGUCAUGGAUAUGGCUCUGGCAUGGAUAGGGAACGAUACACCCAUCCAUCUUAGUUUCGAUAUCGAUGCACUGGAUCCCAUGUGGGCGCCUUCGACAGGAACGGCGGUCCGCCGAGGCCUUACGUUGCGAGAGGGUAGUUUCAUCGCAGAGUGCGUGCAUGACACGGGAAGCCUAAUCGCCAUGGAUUUGGUAGAGGUCAAUCCAAGUUUGGAGCAGGAGGGUGCCGAGAAAACCGUUGAGGCUGCCAUUUCCAUUGUGCGUUGUGCUCUAGGUGAAACCUUAUUAUGA